CCUCUACUCUGGUGUAAUUAUAAUACGAAUGCGAUACCGAGGUACCAUACUAACCACGGACGUAACUACGUGAGAAUCUCAAAAGAGAGAAAGGGGCCAAGUUAGGAGAAACUAACCGUGAAGCUACCUCCCAUACUCGCCCUCGUUAUUCUCACCGAAUUAAGGUAACCCGCCUCCGAUUGACUAUGCGAUAGGUAGCGGCUAUGUGCUAUGAUAAGACGUCGCAUUUUUUCUUCAACUGGGUAUUUCAUUAUAGGUAGGAGGUAGGUUAGGGGCUUUAGCGGAUGUAACCUUCACCAAACCCGGAUUCCAUAGACCCUCGUGGUCGCAGACAACGACUAAUGCGGGGAAGGAGAUGGAACGUUCGCUAGCCGGUGGUGCGGUAAUCCGGUUAAUCUAACUGGCACCCUUCGCUGAAUAAUAGGUACCAGGUAGCUAUGAAAUGACAAAGACUUGAACGUCUUCCAAUCCUCGUGAGAAAGGAUGCGUUGGUAUACACCUGUACUGGGUCUCUCGACUCUCUUCGCCGCCCCAGCGUGGGCUUCAAACUCCUCGCCAAGUCCGACGCUAUCAGCCGCCUUGCCGGCAUUCACAUACGACCGUCGGUCCUUCCUCCUCCAUGGUCAGCCGUACGUUAUCGUCGGCGGGCAGAUGGACCCCCAGCGGAUCCCGCCGGGAUACUGGCGUGAUCGGCUGGUGAAAGCCAAGGCGAUGGGGCUUAACACGAUUUUUAGCUACGUGUACUGGAAUCUGCUCGAACCGAAGCCAGGACAGUGGGUCGACAACGGCAAGGGCAAGGAGGAAAAUAAUAGUACUAGUAACAAUAUUGCCGAAUUCUUUAGGAUCGCGCAGGAAGAAGGCCUGAACGUCGUGCUCAGACCGGGCCCGUAUAUCUGCGGCGAGAGGGACUGGGGCGGGUUCCCGGCGUGGCUGAGCCGGGUGCCGGGGAUGAAAGUGAGGUCUUCGAACGAGCUGUUUAUGCGGGCUUCGGAGGGGUAUUUAAACAGGCUCGCGGCGGAUUUGCGGGACUUGCAGGUCACGAGGGGCGGGCCGUUGUUGAUGGUCCAGGUCGAGAACGAGUACGGCUCGUACGGGGAAGACCAUAACUACACGCGUAGGCUAAGGGAUAUUCUUCGGGGCAAUUUCGAGGUCCCGCUGUACACGAACGACGGCGGAGUCGACUGGACGCUCCGCGGCGGCGAGGUCCCGGGUGUUCUGGCCGAGAUCGACGGGGACCCGCGGGCGGGGUUCGCGGCGAGGGAUAGGUAUAUCCAGGAGCCGAGCGAGCUGGGUCCGCUCCUCGACGGGGAGUACUACACGACGGGGCCCGACGUCUGGGGAUCCGGAAACCCGCAUAACGCCGGGGCCGAAGACCCCGCUCAAAUGCAGCGGUACGUGGAGGACCUCGGCUUCGUGCUCGGCGCGAACAACUCGAUAAGCCUGUACAUGUUCCACGGGGGCACGAAUUUCGGCUUUAGCAAUGGCGCGAUCUGGAAGAAUUACACGGCGCCGUUCGUGACGAGCUACGACUACGGGGCGCCGCUGGACGAGAGCGGGCGCACGACGGAUAUGUAUUUCGCGCUUCGCGAGGCGAUUGGGAAGUACGUCCCGCGGGGAGGUGUUGGCGUUAUUCCGGAACCGCCGAAGAAUGUUCCUCUAUUUGAGAUUGGGAACAUUACUCUCUCGCCGAUGAUUUCGCUAUUCGAUACGCUGGGCGAGAAGACUGCUACUACAAGCGUGUCACCGGUAACGAUGGAAGAGCUGGAUCAGGACUACGGACUUGUCCUGUACGAGCAUAAAGUGGCGGCUAGCGUGGAAGGGGGCUUGCAGCCUGGGGAUCGGGCUCGAGAUCGGGUUAUCGUGUACGUGAACGGGACGAAGCGCGGGGUGAUCGACAGCACGUAUGCUCAGCCGGCCCAAGUCCGCUUGUCUCUCGAACCGGGGGAUACGCUCCAACUACUAGUCGAGAACCUCGGUAGGGUCGACUACUGGUCCCGAGAAUCAGGCACGUUUGUCGCGCUCGAAGACCCGUAUAAAGGCAUUAAAGGCAACGUGACGGUCGGAUCGGAGGUGCUAAGCGGCUGGGACGUGUACUCGCUGCCCCUUGAAGCACCUCCUACUGAACGCAAGUCCAGCCCCGCAACUACAACAAAAACAACAAUCGACUCUUCUUCACCCGUGUUCUUCCGUGGUACUUUCGCGGUAGAAAGCGAUGGUAAUUCAACCGAUCCAGCCGCCCUAGAUACCUUCCUGGAAGUCCCCGGCGGCGUCAAGGGCGUCGUGUGGGUGAACGGGUUCAACCUGGGGAGAUAUUGGGUCGUCGGGCCGCAGCAGUCGCUGUAUCUUCCGGGGACGCUGCUCAGACCGAAUAAUGCCGAGAACGAGGUUAUCGUUCUCGAGUUAGAGCCCGACGGCACGGAGUCCUUGACGGCGUUUGGAUCGGCGGAGAGGCGCUGGGCAAAUUACCCGGAUCCAGAUUAUCCGUAGGUAACUCCUGGAAUGCAAUAGAAUUAUUCGCGAAGGCUAAGUGAAUAUAUUUGACUACCUGGUAUUUGUGGGUGCUUCUGGAAUGCC